ACCAAAUUCUUAAACAUGGAUCAACGAUGACGCAUCAAAAUUUUCAAACUAACGGAGCUAGCUUGGAGGAUUGCCACACAAAUUUCUUUGCCUUGACUGAGCUCUCCGGUAUAAAAUGGCGUAAGUUGGUGUGGAGUGACGGAGGUGGCGGCGGUGGUUUGUGCUCGUCUUCGGCGACCGGGGCGUCCUCGGCCCCCCUCGACGACCCGGUUCUUCGGAGUUACGCGCGCUGUCUCGCGGCCGAUAUCCUGUGCGUGUGGCGUCGCGUUCCUUCGCCUCGCGGUUGCGGUACCGACAACCUGCUCGACUUUGUCGGGGCACCGGCCCCCCCGACGCAACCGCCACCCAUAGCCGCGACGCAUCCACCACCUCUCAGCCUGGCAGCCGCCAAAGAACUCUGGAUCUUUUGGUACGGCGAAGAACCUGACCUGGGCGAUCUUGUCACACCUGAACUACUAGCGCAAGAAGGUGACCAGGGCUCUUGGGAAAGUGGGCUUUCGUACGAGUGUAGAUCGUUACUUUUUAAAGCCCUUCACAACUUAAUAGAACGGUGUUUGUUAUCGAGGGACUUUGUUCGCAUAGGAAAGUGGUUUGUUCAACCUCACGAAGGGGGAAGUAAAAGCACCGAAGCUUCUUCCAGCAGUUCGACCCAUCUCUCUUUCUCGUUUGCCUUCUUUGUUCAUGGGGAGAGCACAGUGUGUGCAAGUGUCGACGUACGUCAACAUCCUGCGGUACGAAAACUCACUCGAUGGCACUUGCAACAGGCCCAGGCGUCCAGUCAAGGACUUCAAGUUAUGUUGGCCCCCUUCGGUCUGGCGGGCACUCUCACGGGCCACAUAUUCAAACCGAACGAGUCGACGACUCGUCUCCUGGAGGACUGGGGUCAGUUUUAUCCUUUGGACAGGACGAGCAUGUCCACCGGCGACCUGAACAUCGUCGAGGUGGUCGUCGGCUCGUCGAAGAUGCGAUACCCCUCCUGUUACGUGUUGGUCACCGACAUGGACGAUUCGGCCAAUUUACCAGUUCUGAACAGUGGAAUCGUCGGGGGAACAGCGGCGACUGCACCGACGGGAGCAGGACAACCUUCGAUAACGCCUGUUCCCCAAACGACCCCCAAUGUCAUCCAGCAGAACGGGAUUAAAAAUGGAUCCAGCACUCCUGUGGCAAUCCAGUCGCCGCCCCCGUCACCGGUUCCUGUCUAUAGUCGAGUGCCGCCUCCGGGUCCAUUUCCCGUCUCCAUCGAGCAUCCGUCAUCCAUGCAAAAGGACCCCACGGCGGCCAACGUGCUUCCAGAACGGACGUGGCAGGAGUGUAUCCUCGGAGGACCUCCGGCACCUUCCCCAGUCUUGCCUUCGAGUGUCAAUGGAGGCGGUGGCGGAGGAGCUACAACGGCACCGUCGUCGGCAUCAUCAUCAACGUCGACACCGUCCCAACAACCACAAUCACAACAACAGCAAUGUAAUAACGGUCAGAUGACUCAGAUGAAUGGUCCUGUGGGAAGUGGCGGGUUGUUAACGUCGACGGAUGCCAGCAGUGGAACUGGAGGAGGCAAUUGGGACUUUGUUGACCCAACGAGGAGAGCUAAUUGUACCUGUUCAAAGUGUAGGAAGUUGUGCGCAGGCGCGACAACGACGGGCACGAGCGGCAGUAGUAAGUGGGGUAGCAGUGGUAAAGUUAAAGGGCAGCGUCCCAGCCGCAUACCUUUUCACAGGCGUUCGCCUGUGUCACUCGACAUUACUCUAACAGCAGCAGUAGUAACAACGACGACAUCGGCGUCGAAUAAUGACACCGUCAACAGCAAUAAUACGGCUGCAACCCCUUCAAAUAACAACAAUGGUGGUAGUAGUAGCUGCAGCAGCAACAGCAAUGUCGUUCCUACCGUGCCUACCACCCCCGUCGAAAGGUGUCCCGGUUCGUACACGCCCCAGGGCGGUCCACCUUCAUAUCCACGUACGCAAGAGUCCCUGGCGAUACCGUCAGUGGGGAGUCCUCCGUCUGUCGCGCCCUCGCCAUUGCCUAAUCCGAACUCGCAACCUGCUUCUGUACCUCCAGGCGAACAACCCAUGCCCACGUUGUCUCCGCACCCGCCUACCGUCGCUCCUUCCCCGGCUGACAAAGCGCAGACGCCAACGGACGAAGCUCCACCUACCAACGCUGGUUCAGUCAUUGACAGUCCGAUGACGAAUACGCACAUGGACAUCAAACGGGAAGACGAGGGUGUAACGGGCGGACUGAUGGGCGGUGGAGCGACGAUAGGCGGAGGAACAACGGGCGGAGCGGCGACCGCAAUGAAAAGGCCCGCCCUCAGUUCGAAAGAAUACGAGGACGCGCUCGGAGAGGAAGAGCACACGCUCGACCUUUUGUACGAUUAUUCGACAUUGGACGCUUGGUUAAACCAUCCCGUCAAGCGAUUUAAACCCGAUUCAAAGGAUAGUAUGCGGGCUAUUAUCAGAUCAGGAAAAAUGGAUCUCUACUCAAUGUACCAACAACAGUCGGGCUUGAUGGCGAGUACAGCCAGUGAUCUCAACCACAAUAACCCCAAGGGCCAGCAGCCCCUCGUGAUCAAGCAAGAAAUCAAACAGGAACCAAUCUGCCAGAUGGAAACGGAUUCGACGAUCGCCAUUCCAAAUUCGUUACCGCACGGAACCAAACGUCCCGGAGACCCGUACGAGUUCGAGGAGGAAGGAGGAGGAGCGGCCUGUAACAUGGACGGCUUCAAAAGGGGCCAAAACGUUAAAGAAGAACAGCCAACAAAAGACUCGAAAAAGGUCAGCAGUGCUGGUAACCUGUUCACGAGCGAGGGCUUGCAACCCUCGUACAGGGAUCUGGAUCAGAUAUUUGACAACUCGGAUGACACAAGUGGGGACGAAGGAUUACAAGUACAAACACCCCCUGGUUCGAAUAAGUCGACAGGGGUCCACGAAGAUACGAAUAAGCGUCUCUAUGGAAGUGGUGGCAGUGGAGGGGGUAGCGGUCACGGUACGUGUUCAAACAUCGGCAUUUUAAGGCCCGAAGAACUCAGUAAAAUGUUUCCAACUCCGCCCAGUCUCGAACCUAACCCUAUUGCGUCGCCCUGCGGCCAGUUCGAUCUACCCCCGCCCGAUUUAGCAGAUUUGGGUGCCGUUGCGCGUGUCAAACAGGAAAUUUAUCCUAGUAUGGGAAGUCCACAGGAAGAAAGUAUAGAGGACUGGAGUUAUGUGUUCAAGCCGCCGGUAAUCUGUAAAAUGGUCGGUUCGAGUAAGUACGCGCCCCUUGUGAAUUUACCAAGUGCUGGCCUGCCGGCGGUAGUUUUACCACCUCAGUGCGUCUACAAGCCGUCGUGGCUUCAGCACAUGGAGAAACCGAUGACGACCGCGCCGCAGCUCGCCCCCAAUCCCACUGCCAUACAACCGGUGGCGACGACGGCAGUAGUCAACAACCGGCCGUCUCCAAACACCACCAGCAGCUUACCCAACAGUAUACAUCAAAACAUCUCGUCGUAUCCAUCGAGUCCAUCACAUUCUGCACCACCGGGAUUCAGACCUCCACCACCCCCGUACGAACUGCCCAGUCCGGCCACGUCGACCGCAAGCUCUUACUUGAACAAAAAUCUCAAUUCGGUAGAUGCGGAACCACCUCCCAUGAUGCUUCGUACUCCUGAAGCCAGUUCUCUUGUUGUUAACAUUCUUUUAGGCGAUACUGCGCUGAAUAUAUUCCGCGAUCACAACUUCGAUAGUUGCACCCUGUGUGUGUGCAACGCGGGACCCAAAGUGGUCGGAAAUAUUCAAGGCGCAGACGCGAGCGUGUACCUGAUGAACAGCAACAGUUCUUCGUCGUCGACCAAUCCCGGUGAUAAGAUCGUCGGCUAUGGCUCAAUGCAUCAACCAAACAGUCCGUAUCCAGGCGCGCAGGGGCCCCCGUACGGCAGUAUGAUGUCCCCGCCACCGCCCCAUCAUCACAACCACCAUCAGGGACAGCAGCAUCAUCUCGCGCCCAUCUUUGACGAAGACUCGAUCAAAUGCAGCUGUGGUUUCUCGGCGGUCGUCAACAGACGUCUGUCACAUCGGAGUGGAUUAUUUUAUGAAGACGAAAUGGAAAUUACUGGUAUUGCGGAAGAUCCUAGCGAAAGGAAAAAACCGUCCCUUUUGUCGUUUCUUCUGCAGACGAGUAGCCUGAAAAUGGACCCGAGUAUGGAGCGGGAACAAGUGGACGUUAUCCCACACAGCAUAAUCGAACUCGUACGAGAACAAUGCGUAAUGAUCCAAAGUACAGCUAAUUCAUUAUAUCGAUCUGCACGUUAUCAUCGAAACAAUCUUGUCGACCAUUCGUAUUCCAGCACUGUUAACAUUUUGGAAUUCACUGAUGGUAAUGAGUUGACGACGUUGGCCUUAGAACAGAGUAAACAAUCGGAAAGUAUAUUGUUAUGUAAAGCCGAAGACAGUUUGCGACCGCGAGGGGCCGGUUUGGGGAGUCAUCAUCGGAUCUGUGUGCACAGGUGGCCGUUUCUCAGGGCGUUCGGGCCGCAGUGUAACCAGGACAUUGUGAGGGUGAUGAAAGGAUUACAACCCCUACUCCAAGAAGCGAUAAGGAAAAAGUGUCAGACAAGAUUGUGGGAACCACCGUCCGCCGUGAAAGGGCCCUUGACCUGGAGGCAGUUCCAUCGAUUGGCCGGAAGAGGUACUGACGACCGUUGCGAGCCCCAACCAGUUCCAUCUUUGAUAGUCGGUCACGAAAAAGAUUGGUUAUCGUUAUCCCCCUAUGCCGUCCACCAUUGGGAACGGCUCCUUCUGGAGCCUUACUCUUACGCUCGCGACGUGGCUUAUAUCGUUGUAGCACCUGAUAACGACGCCAUACUGCCCCGUGUACGCACCUUCUUCAAAGAAUUAUCGACGGCUUACGAGACGUGUCGUCUUGGUCGGCACAGCCCCAUCACAAAGGUGCUGCGAGACGGAAUACUGCGCGUGGGCAAAACGGCGAAGACCAAACUUGGAAACGAACCUGUCGAGGAGUGGUUUACGUGUCUAGGAGAGGGUGACGCCACCGAUAUGCUCAAGCUGUACGCGCAAGUGUGCAAACAUCACCUGGCGCCGCAUCUCCAGCAAGUACCAAUGGACAAAACGUUACUAGAUCCUCCGGAAACGACUCCCGACAAACCUGCCCCUAGUCCUAUGCCUCCGCCUAAUACACCUGAUAAUAACAGUUCCGGAAGCGGUAACAACAACCCUACCAGUAGCAGCAGUAGCAGUCAAAACUCCAGCAUGAUGAAUAGUACUGACAAAGCGCCUUCAACACCAAAGAGCGAACAAGGUAAAACAUUCAAUAUCUUGUUGAAGUGUACAGUAUAUAAAAUUAAUAACUUACUAUUGAUUUAUUAUUUAGAUUCGGAUUCGGGUAAUUCGAAAGAAAUGACGCCCCUGUUGUCUAGUUUAUCGGAGUCUAUGCACGACGAUGACGAUAGACAAGUACCCUGUGUGGUCAUCUACAUGGUGGAACCGUUUUCGAUGGGAUGCGACCAGCCGGACCUGCAGCGUCUGGCCUGUCUCGCAUUGCUCAGAUGUUUUCAGUCAGUGCUCAGCUCUGUGCCGGAAAAUAUACGUAGCAACAUCAGCUUUCAGAUAAUAUCUCAGGAAAGUGUGAUGGAAUUGGGGAAGUCUAGGGACAGAAAUAGGCAUAUUGACCACAUGAGGGCCUUAGCCUUAAGUGUUUUUUCUCAGUGUCGAAGGCUACUAGUUCACACUAGUAAUGUAAAGUCUUUAACUGGCUUUGGUACAGCUGCCAGUGCGGAUCUUUUCCUGAAAACGAAAGACGACAAGAACCGUGCUCCGUACAAAAUGUACUCGCCACCUUACAUCUUGGCACCAAUAAAAGAAAAAGUCGAGCCCGUUGAGGCUUUCGGUCUCUCGAACUCGGACCAAGGCUGCGUCCUCUACCUCAGCUAUUGCUUGUCGGACGACCAAAGUUGGUUGCUAGCAGUCGCUACUGACGAGCGGGGCGAGAUUUGCGAAAACGUCACCAUAAAUAUCGAGAUACCAAACAGAAGUAAACGGAAAAGGGCAUCGGCACGGAGACUCGGACUGCAGAAACUUAUGGAUUGGACUUUGGGCAUUAUGUCGUUAAGUGUUAAACAGUGGCGUUUAGUGGUGGGUCGUUUGGGACGUAUCGGACACGGCGAACUGAAAGGGUGGAGUUGGUUAUUAAGUCGUAAAAAUCUGUUGAAAGCUUCGAAACAUCUAAAAGAGAUUUGUAAUCAGUGUUCCUUAAUGUAUCCACACAACGUUCCGUGCAUUUUGAGCGCAUGCCUGGUCAGUUUAGAGCCCGAUUCGGUUCUUCGGCUGAUGCCCGAUCAAUUCACACCUGACGAACGUUUUAGCCAGGCCAGUGUUAAUUCUCAACUGUCCACGCCUCAGGAUGUUACAUGUACUCACAUAUUGGUCUUCCCAACGAGUGCCACUACUCAAUCCUCGCAGUCUGCGUUUCAAGAGCAACACAUCAACGGCCCGGAAUUGGGAGACGACGAUCUUUUCACCGUAUUAAACGACGAUAUGGAAACGGCGAUGCAGACUUUGAACGAUGAUUUCAGCGACAUAUUCAAUUGGCCUGAAUCGGGGGCCGCGGGUGGCCAGAGUCCAACCGGUAGUCCAAGAAGGGAGGAAUCGUCCAGACCGGGAAGUCCCACCUUCGGUAUGAAUGGUAUCGGACGACAGGGAAGUCCCUUCCCUUGUAACACCAACUCGCGGAACAAUGAACCUAAAGAAGAGGUGGGCCAGUUAUUGCAGCAGCCGCUGGCUCUCGGUUACUUCGUUUCAACAGCACCAACGGGUAAGAUGCCAAAGUGGUUUUGGGCGUCGUGUCCGCACCUCGAGGGCGUAUGUCCUGCCUUUCUGAAGAACGCCCUUCACCUGCAUAGCCCUUCGAUCCAACAGAGUUCGGACGAGCUACUCCAACAGUCCGCCAUCACGUCACAUCCUCUCGAUUCCCAGUACACCACCGACGUGCUAAGGUAUGUAUUAGAAGGUUAUAAUGCUCUUUCGUGGCUCGCCCUCGACUCCAACACUCAGGACAGACUCUCUUGUCUACCUGUUCAUAUUCAGGUUCUUAUUCAGCUCUACCAUCUGACUGCGUCGUUUCUAUAAUAUUUAUAAUAAUAGAAUAAAAUGGAAAAUAAUAAACGAACAAAAUACAAAUAGACGAAAGGAGAGCGUUCGUUGUUGACUAAACAAAAGCAAAUAGGUAAUAACAAAAUGUUUAUACAGAUUAUUAUCUAAUAGUAAAAUCGCCGUUUUUUAUGUCGACAACAUUACAAAAGACAAAUCGUGGAAGAUCUUCCCUCUUUUUUUUGCGAAUGGUUUUCGUUUUUCGCCCGGACCCUCUUGUUUUUAUUUAAUUUUUCGUUUAUUUUCGCACUUCACUCGUCUGUUUACUUGGAUCAGUCAGAAUACUCAGAAAACUUUAAGUAAUUAAUCGAAUAAUUAAUUAAACGCAAAAUGAUAGUAAAUACAUAAUAGGAGGUACGUAGUGUAGUGGAGGGAAAAUGGCAGUAAAAGUAGUAAGAGACAAUGAUAUGACGAACAUAAUAAUAUAAAAAAAAGUAAAAAAGGUAGCAUAUAUAUAAUAUAUAUGUGUAUGUAUGUAUAAAUAUUAAUUUAUUUUUGUUACUGUUGCUUAAAGUAAUUUUUUAACUUAUUUGUACAAACAUUGUGAUAUAACUA